AUGGCGAGCUCUACCACGGCUCCGCCGGCCUACGAACCAAGCGAGCCCCUUCAAAUCGCUAUAAUCGGAGCCGGCCUUACAGGCCUCACCCUCGCACUUUCUAUCUCCGCUCUCCCACUGCAUCAGCGUUCACACCUCCACUACAUCAUCUACGAAUCCCACCAGCACUAUUCCGAGAUCGGCGCCGGGAUUGGAUUUGGCGCUAGCGGUCACCGAAUCAUGAAACUCCUCCAUCCCAAAUUCUGGGAAAAUUACAGAGCAAUUGCAAACUGGGGCGAAGAUGACGUAUGGUGGGAUUUUGUAGUCGGUGACAAAGUCAGAAAUUCCCAAGGAUUAGCUGAUGAGAAAUGGGAAGGAAAACGAAUCGCACAGGUACGGAUGAAAGAGGGGAGAGAGGGUCAAAGUACCGCGCAUCGAAGAUCUUUGAUGGAUAUUCUGAUCAAACUUCUUCCUUAUUCGUGCGAUGUGAGGUUUGGGAAACGUUUGACAGGGAUUUCAUCUUCCAAUUCUGAUUCAAAUCAUCCGAAUUCUAAAGUAACACUUCAAUUUCAAGACGGUACAACCUCAACCGCCGACCUAGUAAUUGGUGCUGAUGGCGUCAAAUCUCUCUGUCGGGAUAUAGUACUCACGCCGACUUCCAACGCCGAAGCGCUCAAAGCGCGGUUUACAGGGAAAAUAGCAUAUAGAGGAUUGAUACCGAUGGAAGAGGCGAGAGCGAGGAUAGGAGAGAAAGCGGAUCAAAGGAUAUUUUAUUUGGGACAUGGCGGACAUGUGGUUUCGUUUCCGGUGGAGGGAGGGAAGAGUAUGAAUAUUGUUGCGUUUGCGAAUCGGGAGGAGGGGGUUUGGGAGGGGGGAUGGGUGAGGGAGAAUGUGGGAGAGGAGCUGGAGAGAGAUUAUUUGGAUGGGCGGUGGGGGGAUAAUGUGGAGGGGAUUAUGAGGCUCAUCAAAUCUCCCUCCUACUGGGCAAUAUUCUACCAUCCCCCCGCUCCGACCUUUCACCAUCGCAGUCUACCCAUCCUUCUCAUCGGCGAUGCUGCUCAUACCACUGCUCCCCAUUUCGGACAGGGCGCUGGCCUUGGUAUUGAAGACGUAUACAUCCUCACAAAACUUCUCUCGCACCUGCCCAGCACUUCUCACUCUUCUUCACCCAGCUCAAAUCUCCGCGCCCUCUUCACCGCAUACACACAAAUCCGACAACCACGCGCGACAACCACGGUAUCUUCUGCUAACUAUUAUGGUCGCAUGCUUGAUAUGGAAGAUCCUAUUAUAUCUGAUAAUCUUUCGCUUAUAGCAGAGAAUGUAAGGGGAAUAGCGGAGACGAUUUGGGGAUAUGAUGAGAUUGGGGAGGGAGAAAGAGCGGUAGCGAUUAUGAGGGGAAUUUUGGCGGAUGGUAAGAUUGAGGAUAAGAUAAUAGGGAGAGAUAUUGAGGUAAUGCGAUAG